CAUCACAAAAGCUGGGGUGCAAGGAAUAUAAAGAAAAAACAUUCUUUAUAACAAUCUCCAAAUAAUUUAACGCAGGGAGGUCCAAGAGUUGUCAGGAGGAGAGACUAGUUGAGUUGUGCCUGUUUGGGCUCAAAGUCUACCAGGGUAAGGGAUGGUGCCUUAGGCUAGGAGCUUCAGUGUAGAGCUGUGUCAUCCAGAUAGGGAAGACCCGGAGGUUAGACAAUGCAGGUUGGCAGGUGGCUGCUCUGGGCGACCUGGCUCUAUACCUGGGCGGAAGGGUCACGCCAGUGUCAGUGCCAAUGCACCUGUAUACCUGAACCGGGAUUGGCUGAGGGGUCAAAGACACCGGUCAAGGAGCAUGACUGUCAUCGAUUGGAGCACCGGCAGCAUCGGCCUCACAGGGACAGGCCACACCGGAGAAAAGGAUCCAGACUGAGGGCGGAUGUGGCGGAGGUGCCCCCGCGGAUUGUCCACCACCCCUCAGAUGUGGUGGUCAAGGUAGGCAGCCCCGCCACCCUCUCCUGCCGCGCCGACGGCACACCCGAGCCCUCCAUUGAGUGGCUCCGCAAUGGCCAGCCCCUGGAGAUGGACAAGAUGGACAGCCAAUCGCGGCCCAUUGUUCUGUCGGAGGGCAGCCUUUUUUUCCUCAGCGUGGUGCCAGGGAGGCGGAGUCAGUCACAUGAGGGCGUGUACACGUGCAUGGCAAGGAACAACGCAGGCAAGGCCACCAGCCGCAACGCCUCUCUCUAUAUCGCAGCUCUGCGUGAGGACUUCCGAGUGAAGCCCAGUGACGUGGAGGUGGCUGUGGGGGAGGUGGCCGUGAUGAACUGCAGCCCGCCGGUGGGCCACCCCGAGCCCAAUGUCACCUGGAGAAAAAACGGGGUCCCCAUCAACAACACCGACCCGCACUUCACUGAACUGAAUGGGAAGUUGAUCAUCGCCCCAGCCCAUAAGAAUGACUCUGGCGUGUACAUCUGUGUGGCCUCUAACACUGUGGGAGUAAGAGAGAGCAGGGCCGCCCGCCUGUCUGUCCUAGCCAAGCCAGUGUUGGUGCUGAAGCCUCAGGAUGUGUCGGUGUUGACGGGGGAGUCUGCCCAGUUCUACUGCGAGGCUAAAGGAGACCCCAUGCCUGCUGUGGAGUGGAGCCGCGAGCAGGGCCCUCUGCCCAACGGCAGGUAUCUAGUGAAUCCUGACCAGAGCCUCCAGAUCCACUACGUGACACCACAGGAUUCUGGGAGGUACACCUGUACAGCUGUCAACGACAUGGGGGUGGUCACUGCCAGCGCACAGCUCCUGGUGGAGGAAGCUGCAAGCACCAGACAGAUGGACCUUCACAGAGAGUUGUCGGCCCUGCGCAUAGCUCUGGAGAAUGUGACGGUGCUGACUCCAAACGCCAACAUGUCCCAAGUGCAGUGGAAGCUUCAGUCCUUCCCAACCCAGCCUCAAUACCUGGAUGGUUUCGAGGUCCUCUAUCGCUCUCUCUUGCCCGCCAGUUCGGACUGGGCUGCUAAGAGGGUGCCACUACCCAACUUUCAAACACUGGUCGGCCCGCUCAAGAGGGGCUACAAGUAUGAGUUCAAAGUGCGUCCCUACGGCAGCAGCUUGUACGGCCGUGAGAGCAACACCAGGCACCUGCGUGUACCUGAGACAGUGCCUAACGCCCCACCUCAGGUUGUCUCCAUAACGAUGGCCCCUGACCACAAUGACACGGUCCAUGUGACCUGGGAGCCUCCACCCCACGAAGCUCACAACGGCAUCAUCCAGGGAUACCAGUUGUGGUGUGUGCAGUCGGAGGAGCAGCAGUACCUGAACUGGACAGUGGACAGUGGGACCCACAGUCUGGAAAUAAACCCUCUGUACCCGGGCAAAGAGUACUGGGUCCAGGUGGCAGCGGUCAACGGAGCUGGCGUCGGGGUGCAGAGUGACCCCCAUAGACUGGUCAUAGACUCCCCGAGGUUCGAGGCCCCCCAGUCAGACGGCCCCAUUAGGGACCUGUCUCAGGUCCUGUCUGUGCUGAGGGACCCAGUGUUCAUCGGAAGCGUUGGCGCCCUCCUGUGGUGCGUCCUAAUGGUGAUGGCCGUCUGCCUGUACCGCCGUCACACCCGACCCGGCGACCACCUGGGACGAGGCCAAGGCAAGGCUAAAGGUUUGUACAGGUUGGCCAGUGAAGACCUCAUCAUCAAACACAGAAUGGCGGCCCCAGACUCACCGUGGAUCUCGGGUGCGUGGAGACCGGCCCAGAGUGGCGAGACGUACCAGGGCACAUGGGCUCAGAGCCAGGAGAACCUAGGCUUCAGGAAGACCACGUUGCCAAUCACAGCCAAGAAGGACCCCGGCUCCCUGGACUCGGCUGUCCCUAUCGUGCCCGACAGCUGCGGUAUCUACGGGACGUUCUACGUGGACCUUACGGGCAACGGCCUCAAGACAUUCAACAGCCCCACCCGAUGCCCCAAGAGGCCCCACUGCCACACCUCCUCCUCCUCACACUCUUCCCAGUACAGCGCAGAGACGGUGCGCAUCUCCCAUCCUGCCACCACUGUCAAGACCACGCUGGUCACGGAUGGCCAGGCCCUGCCCCCAGCCCAGCCCAAGAUGGGCGUGCUCAAGGAAUCAUGGGAGAAGAAUUACAAACGAGAGCUCCAUGCGGUGAACAGCGCCCCCUUGGUGUCGUCGAGGAGCCAGGCGCUGGCUGUGAGGGGAGUGCCUUACAAACAGAGGCUCAGCCACCUCCCACCAGGUGGGCGCUCAGAGUGCAUCAAACCCCUGGCGUCACCCGGCAUCCUGCACUACUCAGCCUCACUGCACCUGGUGGACAUGCUGCCCACCCCGCCCCCACUGCCCAUGGACGACACCACAGACACACACAGCCUCACCUCAGAGGAAGGGUCCUGCAGGUCCAUUAAGCUGACAGUGGAUGCCGGGUCUCUCCAGUUUGUGUGUGCUGCGUCCGGUCUCCGCGGCCCCCCAUCCAACACCAACACCAUGGGCUGCCCCUCCUACAGCCACCUGUCCACUGCCUCCUACUGCCUGUCAUUGGACGAGGAGCAGGACGUGACGAUGACCUCACAGGAAGUCACCCAGCACCUGGAGCUCAGCCCCAAAGUCGAGAGGCGCAGCACAAUACUGGAGAAUCCUCCUUCCUCCUCCCUAUCCCGCCCCUUCUCCCCCACUCCCACCUUGGGCUACAUCUGUGGGCCCCUCCCCUCCAACCAACUGGAGGACGGGAUGACUGAUGACCAUGAGUCCCACCCAAUGGGCUCCCGACGGUCCCGGCUCCAGAGCACACCCUUGUCGCUCUGCAGCGAAUGGGAGGGCUCGCUGUGGAAUGGCUGGGGAUCUGUGUCAGAGGGCAACAUGGCUAGCAGCACCCGCACCAGCCUCAUCAGCUCGUCGGACGGCUCAUUUAUGAACGAUGCCAAUUUUGCCCGCGUGCUGGCCACCAUGGCCGCAGAGUCCAUGAGUGGAGCCUCUUUCUCAGACUUCUCUCCCCCAGCAUCGCCCCUCAGUGCCCUGUUCCCUCCGGCUCGAGGGGAAGGAGGGGAGUGUUUCGGUGAGCUGGAUCCCAUGCCUGUCUGGGACUGGAGUACAGCCUGGGUGGAGGAGAUGGAGGCGCAGUAUCGCGCCCAGUACCCCUCCCAGGCCGAUGCACCCCCCGCCUGCGACACCUGGGAGCAUCGUCGUGAUGACCGUCACUGUGAGGACCGCCGAGCCACCGGAGGGGAAUCUUCCAAGGGCUAUGAUCCUGCUAUCCUGGUUAAAACAGACACAACUGAACGCACAAUGGUGAGCGCAGCAUUCAGUCUGGUUUAACCAGGCUAUGAUCCUGCCAUAUUAUAGCGUAUUGAAAAUGACAGGAGAGAAUUUGUACAGAACAUUCACUGAUCAUUCAUUUGCAAUAGAAUGUAAAUAUAUGCGACAGAUUUUAUUUAAUGAACCAUGAACACUGUGACGUUCCAACCCAUUUUCUGCCUCUUUUCUUUUCAUCGUCCUUUGUUCACAGAAGACGGUCUAAAGUUUUAUCAUGUUUAUUAUUAUUAUUAAAUGUGAUUUUGUCUCUAUUGAUUUUAUAAUGAGAGCUAAACAUUUAAGUUGUUACACUAGAAUUUGGAAGACGUAGUUAUGUUCUGUUUCAGAUUUUGUUAAAUUUCUCUUCCCUUUGACUUAAAACUAAACAUUGAGGGCUGAAUCAUGACUUCAGAUGUGUGUGCGUCACUCAACAGUUUUUUCUCGCAAUUCUCCCUUUGACAUUAAUACAUGACUCGCGCAAACGUCUCAGUCACACACUCAUCUGUCUGAAUUUAGGAUUUGGCCCUAUGUACUUGCUGAAAUGUGUAUAAGUAGAAUAUUUUUCUCAUGCUGUGAAGGUCUUCCUUUUGUAAGAAUAGGUUCAGUAGGACUGGACUAAUGUGUCUUACUGGAGAGGAGGAAUAAUUAUUCCUUUUAUAUAAAUGUUUAUGAAUUACUUAAUAAUAAUAUUUGAAGCUUAACUAACUCAGUGUCUUCUACUGUGGCCUUAUUGAUAAUAAAAACAUAAGUCUCA